AUGUCGAGAGGAACAGGCCGUCUUAUCAAGAACUUGAAGCAAUUUGCGGACCUUCAGUACAAGCUGUUCACUCGCCGCUAUGGCCAACAAUUGAUAGACAUCUUUGAAUUCCCUGUGAAGCUCGUGUUAUCUCCGUUCACGCUUGCCUACGACAUUGCUGGCUCGGCUCCACGUGGGUUCGGCGUGCCCGAGUUCAUCUCCAAAGUCUCAUACUCUGCAAUUUUCGUUGUUGCAACUCUUGGCACUUAUGAUAUUGCAUUAGAGCUGGGAAAGAAGGUGCUGUGUCAGAGGAACUGUCAGACUUGCAAUGGAUGGCAGGCAUUGCAGUGUACGAUGUGCAAAGGCUCAGGGAAGGUGCAAUACCAGGUGAAAAAUUACACCUUAAAAAGUGGAGAGAAGGCAACGGCUGAAUGCAUUGCGGAUGCCAUUGCCGAGAACCGAGCUGAGUUGGUGCACCUUCCUUCCACCAUGGAUCUUCAUCUGCCAUUACCAUCUAAAGAUUGCCCAAGUUGUGAUGGAUCGGGUGUGAUGAAAUGUGCAGAAUGCAAAGACAAGUUACAAAUUAGGAUCUCUGCAGAUGAUAUAAUGGAGCCUCCAUGGAAAGCAUAUAACAUCAUGAGAAAGAUGGACUACCCUUAUGAGCAUAUUGUUGACAGCAUGAGAGACCCCAGCAUUGCUGCAUUCUGGUUGAUCACCCUGCCUCAGAUUGUAGGAGGAUUUGAAUAUGAUGACGAUGUCAAGCAGAAAAUUUGGUGGCAAUAUAAGGAAUCUAUGCGGUAUGAUCAACUCCGUGAUGUGGUAGCUAAGCGGAAACCUGGGUGGGAGUACUUGCAAGAA